GUGAACGUUGCGAGCACGUGGUCAUUCGUAGUUGCGGCUUGAUUGUGGUUGGUUCUUCCAGUUUCCUCACAGCAAGUGGCUUCAGUUUUCGUGUUUGUGAUUUGAGAACCGUGAAAAAUACCCUGUGAUAACUUAACGCCCUUGCAGCUCUUUCGAUGAUUAGGUUUUAACUCGGUUGGUUUAAUGUGUUUAAUUGCCAAUAACUGGGUAAUGGAGAGCUGGAUGCAGGAUGUGGUGUCAAUGAUGACAGAUCCGGGAGUCGGGGGCGACGUCUCGCCGGGGGUGCCCCAGAUAAAAAAGGAGUUGGAUGGUUUUCAAGAGUGUUCACCAUCCAACAGUGACAUGUACUCCCCGACAACCACUGUUAUGCACGACACUGGAAUCGACUUUCAAGAAACAAAUCAUUACGACAGUAGCAUACGAUCUCCAGGAAGUCCAGAACGACAGUAUUGCUCGUCAACGACACAACCUCACACUGACUCAGGGAUGGGACACAUGGAGGAUGAAAUGAAAGAAGAGGAUUCUCCUCGAAGAUUAUGUCUCGUUUGCGGUGAUGUUGCCUCAGGUUUUCACUACGGUGUUGCUUCGUGCGAAGCGUGCAAAGCUUUUUUUAAGCGGACAAUACAAGGUAAUAUAGAAUAUACGUGUCCAGCAUCUGGAGAAUGUGAAAUAAACAAAAGACGGAGAAAAGCAUGCCAGGCGUGCAGGUUUCGAAAGUGUUUAAGAUCUGGGAUGCUGAAGGAAGGGGUGCGGUUGGACAGGGUUAGGGGUGGUAGGCAGAAAUAUAGAAGAAAUCCAGAUAGUCCAUAUCAAGUGCAGGUCGUUUCGGCACAGAGGCCGAUGCUCCAACUAGAAGAUAUAAAAAUGCUGGACGCGUUGGCAAUUUGCGAACCCGACUGUCUCGAAAUCAACAAAGCCCUCGAAAACUCCAAACACCGGACUCUUUCCAUACUCAGCGAUCUGUACGACCGCGAAUUGGUGGGGAUUAUCGGCUGGGCCAAACAAAUCCCGGGAUUCACCGACCUGUCCCUCAACGACCAAAUGCGACUUUUACAGAGCACGUGGGCGGAAAUACUUACACUCACGCUAGCGUACAGGAGCGUGCCUCUGAUUCAGCUCGCCCGACUCAAGUUCGCCAACGACUUCACCCUCGAUGAGAAGCAGUCACGGGACUGUGGCGCCAUCGAAUUAUAUCAAACGUGUUGCCAUGUGGUCGAAAGGUUAGAUAAUUUAUCGAUUCUGAAGGAAGAAUACUACCUCUUGAAAGCGCUCGUUCUUGCGAACUCCGACGUGCGAUUGGAUGAAUCUCACUCGUUGAAAAAAUUUAGGGACUCGAUUUUGUCGGCGCUUUCGGACACCGUGGGCAUCCUCAGGCCAACAGGUGUGCUACACCAAAUCCAGCAACUGCUCCUCUGCAUGCCCGCCUUGCGGCAAGCGGACCAAGUCGUCCGGCGCUUUUGGUCCGACGUUCACCAGCAAGAGUUAGUACCAAUGAAUAAGCUUUUCUUGGAAAUGUUAGAAGCGUACUGUCGGUAGCCUCGUCGUCAUUCACUCAACUGCCAUCAAGUUUGCUUUCGCAAAUGUUUGUCAUCCGUCAUCUAGGUUUAAGCGUAAUUUUAGGCCCAGUGAUAGAAGAGAUAGUAGAUUCCUUUUAUUUAGCUACGGUUAGUUGUAUAUAUACUUCAUUUUUCGCUUUAAUUCGGUGCAUAAAUUUUUUGUUUAUGCAUUUUUUUCGACUUUUACCUCAUAAAUAUAUUUUAUUUAUACUGUAUAUUGGUUCAGUUAUAGAAAUUAAUAGAUCCUUCGAAUGCUUAAUUUCAUAGAGUAACUAAAUUGAUCAAUGUGAUUAGCGAAUUCAUUUUUAACAUGCCAGUAAUUGCACAACUUUAAUGUACUUAUAAGUUUGGCACCACGAUUUUUGUUACAGAAAUUGCAUCAACAGCCAUCUCAAGUGUAACAAUUAAGUUAAAAUGUCAAUAAAGACUUGGAGCGGGUGCAGAAUUCACCGCUAAAUUCACGGCAAGGGUGGCGAAAAACAAGUUUCUAAUUACAUUACCUUUAUUUUUAUUGUCUCUUCAGUGUUUUUUUUGUUUCGUCUUUGAUUAAUUUUAAUAAAGAUAAUGGAAUUAAGUACAAGUUUCGCGUCUCGCUUUCAAUGAAUUUAAUGGUCAGUUUUGUAACUGUAACAGACUUGUUGUUUAUUUACUAUAUUUUUGAUGUGACUUUAUAGCAAUAAAUAGACAAUUAACAAA